GUUAGGUAAGCCGAUAUAAGUAUCCCUCUCCACCACCACCACCAUUUUUGCCUCAUGCGACGCCUCAUCGUAUUCGACUUCGACUGGUCCAUGGCUGACCAGGAUUCUGACCGAUGGAUAUUUGAGGUUUUGGCUCCAGAUCUCCGCCGCAAAAUGAAGACCCUUAAGGACGACAUUCAGUGGACAGACUUAGUUUCUCAAUCGCUACGCGAGGCCCAUGCUCGUGGAAUAACCAGAGAACAGAUUGAGGAUGCCCUUAGGAUCAUGCCUUUUCACCCUGGUAUGGUUCGCGGCAUCAAACGUCUAAAGGAAGAGGGCAAUACCACUUUUCUCUGCCUUUCUAACGCCAACAAUAUCUUCAUCACUACCAUCCUGGAGAAAAACGGCCUUCUUCCUGCCUUUGAAGAAAUUAUAACCAACCGAGCAGAAUGGGAACCAUCGGGUCUCCUCAAUCUUCGACGCAGAAUCGAUCCUCAUGGUCCACAGCAUAACUGUAUGGUUGGCUGCAGUCCGAACAUGUGCAAAGGUGAAGAAUUGGACGCGUUCCUCGCUCGACAUGCUCCCGCGUAUGACCAGAUCAUAUAUGUCGGCGAUGGUUCCAACGACUUCUGUCCCACCCUGAGAUUGCGAAGCCAAGAUAUGGUACUAUGCCGAAGCUUCCGCGGUCUUCAGAGGCGUAUUGCCAAAGAGGGUGAAAAACUCGGUCUAAAAUGUCAAGUCAAGUACUGGGGUGGUGCAUGGGAAGUCGAAGAAAUCUUCAACGCCCUCACUUAGAAAUAGAGCCAAUCAUCCCAUGUUUAUACAAGUUGAAGGUAAAGAACCUCGAUAGUCUCAUGAUAAUGAGGCGCAGCCAAUUGAAUUGUGCAGCAAAGAAUCAGGUGUAAAAU